AUGCCGAUAAAUCUAUCCAAAGACGGCAUUGAGGCAGUGGUGGCGAAAAUCCAUGAAAAAUACCCAACAGCAUCAUUCGACAAGGAAAUUCUUCAGAUUCAUAAAGAUUUUUUCGAUGAAAAUGAGGAUAAACUGAACAUCAAUAACAUCGCAAUUCGAGGAGUCACGGAUCAUUAUGACAACGAUGACGACGAGAACCCAAACAUCGCAUUCUUCACCUAUCACUGGGUGUGCUGGAAUGGAGCCAACUCAAAUCUCGAGGCGUAUUUCAUUCAUUAUCAUGCAACCCCACCUGUUCAUGGAAGAAAGCCCGUUCUGAAUCAAUUUGUCGAACGAUUCCAACUGAAGAAAGGCGAUUGGCAAAUCUGUCAGAACGAAGUCGACACACUGAAGAUUCACGAGACUUACUUCGUUCCUACCCCGGAUCCAUCCGCGACUCACAACGACGAGCUCUUCUUUUCUAUGCUCGUGAACUCUGCAGCUCUGCAGUGCGCGUCUAAUCCAGGAUACGCAGAACUUAUCACCGCCCAAGCUAAUCAGUACAUCAAAUCGCAAUUCGAGGACCUUCUUGAGGAGUACCAUCAGACUUACAACGAAUAUCAUUUGGCCCGUGCCGAUUUCUACCGCAAGCUCAAAAUCAGUGAUAUGCUCAUGGAGCAUCGCGUUCUUGCCGCAGCGGCCUACGAGGGUGAAAUCGAGCCAAGUCUUCUGGAGAAAAAAUUCCGCGAGUACUACACUGACAAAAUUGGCAGUCUUUAA